AAAGGUUCAAGACUAAACUUGAGUUCUCUUCUUCUCUACUUAUUGGCCUUGAAGAGCUCUCCUUUUGGAAGGACUUUGCUGUGCUCCCAUCUUCUUCUGUGCUGCUCCUCCUCCUGCUGUUUAUUUCCUUGUCUAUGGUGGAAGCUUAAAGAUACAGCACCCUCAGAACUUUCUCUCCUCUGACACAGCAGGCGAUCCAUGAGAAGAGUAUUUUAGCAAAUAAUUAAGAUGAUGAUUGGAAAUUCAAGAAAAGGUUAUCAAGGGAAGCAAGAGGAUGAUAGCAGCACUACUCAUCAUCAUCAACAACAAAUCAUUAGUAACAGUAUCGAGAAGUUGUACAGCAAGGUAGGCUCUUCUUCCUCUUCUUCAAGACAAUGGUCAGGUCUGAGAAACCCGAGAAUCGUGCGAGUCUCACGGUCUUUUGGAGGGAAAGACAGGCACAGCAAGGUCUGCACCAUUAGAGGGCUCAGAGACAGAAGGAUCAGGCUGUCCGUGCCCACAGCGAUUCAGCUAUAUGAGCUUCAAGAUCGGCUUGGACUCAACCAGCCCAGCAAGGUCAUUGACUGGCUCAUUGAAGCCACAAAACAAGAUAUUGAUAAGCUCCCACCUCUUCCAAUCCCCCUUGGUUUCCCCCAAUUUCAUCACCAACACGGCCAAACCCUACUUCCUGAUCAUGAAUCAAAUUCUUCCUCUCAGCCACCUUCUCAGUUCGGUGCUUUCUUUGAUGCUAAUAACAACACUAGUUUCAUGGAUGCAGUGUCGAGGCUAAAAGGAAAAGAGUUGGAUGAAAGAGGAGGGUGUGUGUGGGAUAAAGGGAAGUGGGUGAUGAAAACAAACAAUGAACAAGACGGAAUUGGUGGUUCUGCUCAGAAUCUUUUCCCAUCUGGGAAUGCUCCUUCUCACUCUAAUUUACCUAUGACGUAUUAUAAUAGUUCCUUUCAUUCUGAGCCUUCAAAUUUUCUAUCUUUAUUUGGAAGCCAUGCUGUGUUUCCUAAUAAUAACAACAAUCACCAGAUAGAUCCUGCCCAUACUAGUGUGCAGUUCCCAUCUUCCUCGUCAGCUGUUUCCCAACUGUUGUUUUGUCCAAGUGCAUCUGCAACAGCACCGCCACUUUUUGCUCCUUAUUAUGCUCCGUAUUCCUCAGUGUCAUCACUGGAAACAGACCCAAGAGUGCAACAUUUGAACCAUAUUCAGUUGAUGAGCUCAUUUAAUUCUCAUCCUCAUCCUCUCGUUCUUCCAUCUCUGAAACCCCUUAUUCCAACACCGCCUUUCAGUUCCAGGCUUCUUGAUUCAAAUGAUAAUAAGGAAACUACUCCGUCUUGAAGGACACUGGGUGCUUGUGUGCUGGCUAGCUUCUCUUCAUCAGAUAUUCUUCCUGCUAAUUAAUUAUUGAUCGAGAAGCUAAUUGAAGCACAUACGGCCUCAAUCUGCGUGCCUUUGAUGUAUUUAUAUGCAUUUUUCAGAAGCUAAUAAGUCAUGAAUUCGUUCGCACCUGUAAGUAUGACAGUAAGUGAAUCUUUAUGCGUCCACUUUUAUAUUUCAUUAUGAUUAUUUAUCAAACUCAAAAUAGAUAGCUGGUUUGAAUCAA